AUGGCUUCCGUCCCUCCGCAGAGGCCCAUCUCUCUCGCGCAGUCUCUCCAUGAGGACCACGAUAUCCUCGAUGGCCCCCUCACGUUCGAAGAGGCAAUCGCAAACACGGAGGGCAUGAAGGUAAUCUUUCUCGACAGGGCCAUGGUUGUUCACAAGCCUGUGGGUUCUGUUCAAAUUGGGGAUUUACCUGCAAAAGACGAAAUUCAAGAUUCAGUGAAGAAGCGGGUGCAGUUCUUGGAUGUCGUACUUGACUACGAAGGGGACCUCGAUCUCAAGGAAAUUGAAACCAUGUUUCUUCAGCAAAGGUACCAGGACCUCCCAGCUCCUAUCAAAAUGAAGGGAAACAACGUCUUGCCGUACAGCAUGCAACUGUUUAUCCUGAAGACCGGCGACAGGAAGUGGAACAUCGUCAAGCAUGUGCGGUUUGCCGAAGGCACCAAGGUCAUAUCGUCUGCUAUCAUGUCCAUGUGCACGGGAAGACCUCUGGAAAUUGACUACCAAAAAAACUUUCGUGAGGGUAGCCGAGCUCUUCAGUACAUGCUGGAGGGUCUGGGCGGAUUCCAAGUUCGCUAUUGCAAGCUGGUUCCCAUGAAUGCAAGCAACAAGCCAUCAAGGGAAACAGAUGACAUCAGAGCAGGCUUUCAAUUCAUCAAGGCCAACGGCCCCACAGAGAACGACGACGGCCAGUUCACUUCCUGGACGGAGGAGCAAGUGAACGAUCCAAACAGCCCCUUGCACAAGUGGGACAGAGGAGUCAUCAAGGAAUUCUUGAGGUGUCAGGCGGACAAAGGGGCACAGGCUGGGACCAUCAGGGACUGGCCACUCACACUCGUCGACUUCACACCUUGGGCAAUCAACACCGUGUUUGCCCCCAUCUUGCCCUAUCUCACGGGCCAUUCGGUGAUCUGGAUCGGCAAGUCUGAAGUUGGGAAAAGUCCGGCGUCUUACACUCUGUCGCACCUCAUGUCUGCAUUCUGGCUUCUUCAGGAAGAUCGUACACAAGAAGUUCCAGGCUUCCAGACAGCCAGUCACCUCGACUACUUUCGGAAGGAACGCGGUCGUCGCACCAAACCCCGUGUUUACGAUGACGGCAACCUUUAUCGUGAACAAGCCGCAUCUGUGAAGGCUGUCACGGAAGUGUCAGGCCUGGACAGAAAGACCAUGGCCCGAUGGAAUGCAUCGUCGUAUGAAAAAGGUCAGCUUUGCCAACUGUGCUCAAACCCCUAUGACAGGACAGUUGAGAAACCCAUGUCCCCUGGACGAGAAUCCGACUCAGUGACGUUCGAAAACUUCUACAAACUCAUCCGUCCGUCCUUUCACCGUGAGUUUGACGAGGAAGACUUACUCGCCGUCUUGAAGAGAUCAUGCGUUGUCGUCUUCACUGACGUGGGCAUAUAUGUCCGUACACCAGGGACAACCCGAGACGCCAUCCCACGAACAGCUUGGCCUAGCGAAGACUUCGGCCUAGUCUCUCCAUGCUCCCGGUCCACAUUUACAGCCUACAAACGCGGCUUUGCUCUUCCACCCAGACCUACUCAUCAGGAGAACUUGCAGUGGUCCCUGAAUCUCCUACAGGCAGCACUUGACGGUGAGGACGUUCCUCGCUGCUGCACUGUCUUGGGUCGAAAACUAAAUGGAGCGAAGUAUGUCGAGGAGGUGCGCCCAACACUCGCAGGCAUCUCCGCCUCCACAACCUAUUUCCCUGAGCAAGAGAAUGAGCAAGUCCAGGCAGAGCCGCCAACCAAGCGUUUCAGGUCUGUCAAGUCUUCAAGUGCUCUCCUACAGAAUGCGGCUGCGACACGUGAAGAAUUAAAAGAGAACACCGAGACGGAAGGUACGAAGGAGGAGGCUGCAGUUCCACCCACCCCAGUUGCGGUCAAGAAGGAGUGUGUCGAUGUCGAAGCAAAGUUCAAGAGCAUCGUCUGUUGGAUCAUCUGCAAACUCGUCAGUGCCAAGAUCCGCGAAAUUAUCCCCUUCUCACAAGAAGACACCGCCUCCAUCUCCAAAGGCGCCUUCUCUCGCAGCAUCUGCCAACUCGCCAAGGCCCAAAUCAACAUCUGCGAUCCCUUCGCCCAAGAUGCCAUCGUCGUGCUCAUCUCCAAAGGCAAACUCGCCAAGGGCAGAGUCUGGAGCUUGCCGGUUUCAUGGAUGAUGCCGAGUGAGCAUGACUACUUCGUCGAGUGGAAGUCAGUGAAGUACACCCGUGAAAAAACAUCAGUGGGACCACGCGGUGUACGCAAAGACCAGAUGAAGUGGAAGCGAACACUUCCACAACUACUCAGAGCGGAUGAGAAGGGAAUCAUCAAAAUGCUGGUUGCUGACAAACUCCUACCCAAUUGGGCGGGAAAGAAGUGCCCACGAUGUUCUACUGGAACCUUGUCAAAGCUGUCCGACCUCAAGGGCUAUGGUCUGAAGCAUCGCUGUAGCGCCCGAAAUUGCAGAGCCCGCAUCAACCCACACCAUCUGCAUCCGCUCUUCACCGAAUGCCAAGGCCCACAGAAGCAGAGUCUGCAGAUGCAAGCUGCCAUGCUCCUGCUUAAGUUGCACAGAGUCCCACAAAGCACUAUCCAUCUGCUGCUUGGCCAAAACCACAAAGCCAUUGAGGACAUGGACAAGAAGAUUUGCAAGCUCCGCCGAGAUUUCGUUGAGAGAAAAGAGCGGGACAUCAUCUUCGGCAACGGCAAGAGUUGGGUAGACAUUGAGGCCGACGAAGCCACGUUUGACAAGAGAGACAUCUCGCAGACACCCGACCUCAAACACUUGAUCGUCAAAAAGGGGGAGACCGUGAUGUGGGAACAGUGGGCAGGUGUAGUCCAGAGAGGGCGGCCUGACACACUGGUGCUUCACAAGCUCACGCCAAAGUUGACAGUCAAGCGUGCGCCGGGUCCUGGAGCUAUCAGGAAAACGGAGUGGACCACUCUUGGGACGAAGUUGCUACAAGAUAGGCACGUGAUCUUGCACACCGACUCCGCCAAGUCAUACAAGGCGAAGAUCUCUGGCGUUCUCCAUGACCGCGUCAUCCACUGUAAAAAACGCGUCAAAAGGAACGGCAAGUGGAUCUGGCUUGCCCCCAAGUACACCAGCAUAGUGAAGCACAAGAUCCCCAACACGAAGGGCAAGUACCUGAAGACAAAAUCGGGCACGCAGAUAAUUGAUCGAUGCUGGAGGUUCCUGAAGGACCGCCUCAUCCUCAAUCAGCACACCAGAUCUAACAGUGCGCUGUUGCGGGCAAAGCUUCGCUCCGCGCAGUACGAGUACUGGUUUAAAAAUUCAGAUCACUGGGUCGGCUGCGGCAGCCUAUGCGCCGAGCACAUGCGUAAGUUCGCACACACGUGA